GUAAAAGCAUUGGCCGAUCGACUUUCUGAAGCUAUGGCUGAAUACUUGCACAUGGAGGUACGACGAAAGUACUGGGGCUAUUCCAGAGAUGAAGAUAUGAAUGCGUCCGAUAUGUUGAGUAUCAAAUAUACCGGCAUUAGGCCAGCACCGGGCUAUCCAACUCAGCCAGAUCAUUCCGAGAAGGCAACUCUAUGGAAAUUAUUGGACGCCGAAAAACUCGCUGGAAUCAAUGUUGGUUUGCCCAAUGAAGAAAUCGUAAAAAUAAUGAAAAAGUUAUAA